UCCUUUGUUGUUGGAGUAUAAAGCUCGGCGGGGUCUGGCUCGGCUCAGGUCAGUGUCGGUGUGCCUCUGUUUGUGUGGACAUUUCGCGCUGGUUCGUCUUCGAACAGUCAAAGCAGUUGAGCACCUUUGGGGAAGCCCACCCCUCCAGUGGCAAACAUGGGGGACGAUAGCGAGUGGAUGAAGCUUCCCAUCGAUCAGAAAUGUGAACACAAGGUGUGGAAAGCCCGCCUGAACGGUUAUGAAGAAUCUCUGAAGUUGUUUCAGAGGAUUGAGGAUGAGAAGAGUCCAGAGUGGGGGAAAUUCCUGGGACUGAUAAAGAAGUUUGUCACAGAGUCAAAUGCCGUGGCUCAGCUCAAAGGCCUGGAGGCGGCGCUGGCCUUCGUCGGGAACGCUCAUCUCGCUGGAAAGACCACAGCUGAUGUGGUGUCGGGUGUGGUGACCAAAGUCUUCAACCAGCCAAAGGCUCGGGCCAAGGAGCUGGGCAUGGACAUCUGUCUAAUGUACGUAGAGAUCGAAAAGGCCGAGGUGGUUCAGGACGAGCUACUCAAAGGACUUGACAACAAGAACCCAAAGAUCGUGGUGGCCUGUAUCGAGACGCUCAGGAAGGCUCUCAGCGAGUUUGGCUCGAAGAUUGUGACGUUGAAGCCAGUGGUGAAGAUCUUGUCCAAACAGUUUGAGUCCAGAGAGAAGGCGGUGAGAGAUGAAGCCAAGCUGCUGGCUGUGGAGAUCUACAGGUGGAUCAGAGACGCCCUGAGACCUUCACUGCAGAGCAUCAACUCUGUCCAGCUGAAGGAGCUGGAGGAGGAGUGGACCAAGCUCCCGUCUUCUCCUCCCAAACAGACCAGGUUUCUGCGCUCGCAGCAGGACCUGAAGGCCAAGUUUGAGCAGCAGAGUGCACAGGGAGGGGCAGAGAGUGACGGAGAAGAUGUGGAAGAAACGGAGUCAGCUGUGGAUCCAUACGAGCUGCUGGAAGCUGUGGACAUUCUGUCCAAGAUUCCCAAAGACUUCUACGAGGACAUCGAGGCUAAAAAGUGGCAAGAGAGGAAGGCGGCUCUGGAGGCCAUCGAGGUUCUGACCAAGAACCCCAAACUGGAGAGUGGAGAUUACGGAGACCUCGUGAGGGCACUGAAGAAGGUUGUGGGGAAAGACGCCAACGUGAUGCUGGUGUCAAUGUCAGCUAAAUGUCUGGCUGCACUGGCCUCUGGUCUCAGGAAGAAAUUUGGACCCUACGCAGGACAAGUGGUUCCAACCAUUCUGGAGAAGUUCAAGGAGAAGAAACCUCAGGUGGUCCAGGCUCUGCAGGAGGCCAUAGACGCCAUCUUCCUCACUACGACAAUGCAGAACCUUUCAGAAGACGUUCUGAGUGUGAUGGACAACAAGAACCCGUCCAUUAAGCAGCAGGCCUCUCUGUUUCUGUCCCGCUCCUUCAGACACUGCACACAGACCACUCUGCCCAAGGGUGUCCUCAAACCUCUCUGUGCUGCUCUCACUAAGCAAGUGAAUGACUCUGCUCCAGAAGUGCGCGACGCCGCCUUCGAAGCUUUGGGGACAGCCAUGAAAGUGGUGGGAGAGAAAGCCGUGAACCCUUUCUUGGCUGACCUGGAUAAACUCAAACUGGACAAGAUAAAGGAGUGUGCUGAUAAAGUGGAGCUGCCUGGGGGGAGGAAGGGUGCAGGAGGAAGCAGCGUUGGAGCAGCAGGAGGUGGGAACAAGUCGUCUUCAGCUAAAGCCCCUUCCACUGCUCAAGCACCACCCAAAUCCUCCGGCCCACCCAAGAAGGCAGCAACGGCUGCUGCCAGCAAGCCGUCAUCAGGUCCGCCUAAAAAAGGCAAAGCAGCCUCUGCAGGUGGCAAGAAGACUCCCGACAAUAAAGAGGUCAUAGAGAAUCAACUGUCGACUGAGGUGUGUGAGGAGCUGGCAGCAGGUGUACUUCCUGCUUCUUGUCUGCAGCAGCUGGACUCGGCCAACUGGAAGGAGCGACUGGCCAGUAUGGAAGAGUUCCAGAGGGCUGUGGAAACCAUGGAAAAGGCAGAUAUGCCGUGUCAGGCUUUAGUCAGGAUGUUGGCCAAGAAACCAGGCUGGAAGGAAACCAACUUUCAGGUGAUGCAGAUGAAGCUGCACGUCGUGGCCCUCGUCGCUCAGCGGGGACAGUUCUCAAAGACAUCCGCCUCCGUGGUUCUGGACGGUCUGGUGGAUAAAGUUGGAGACGUCAAAUGUGGCGGGAAUGCAAAGGAGGGACUGACGGCGAUCGCAGAGGCCUGCUCACUGCCGUGGACCGCGGAACAGGUCGUCUCCAUGGCUUUUGCACAGAAGAAUCCCAAAAACCAGGCUGAGACUCUGAACUGGCUGGCUAAUGCCAUGAAGGAGUUUGGUUUUGCAGGGAUCAAUGUGAAGGGCUUCAUCAACAAUGUGAAGACGGCUCUGGGCGCCACGAACCCGGCCGUCAGGACGGCGGCCAUCACACUGCUCGGAGUCAUGUUCCUCUACAUGGGAGCUCCUCUGCGCAUGUUCUUCGAGGAUGAGAAGCCAGCGCUCCUCACACAGAUCAACGCUGAGUUUGAAAAGAUGCAAGGCCAGUCUCCACCUGCUCCGACCAGAUUCACCAAGAAGACGGCGGCAUCAGCGGACGACGAGGCUGAUGAGGGAGACGAGCAGGAUGAGGACAGAGGAGGACAGGACAUCAUGGACCUUCUCCCCAGGACGGACAUCAGUGACAAGAUCACAUCUGACCUGGUGUCUAAGAUUGGUGAUAAGAACUGGAAGAUCAGGAAAGAAGGUCUGGACGAGGUGGCGUCCGUCAUCUCGGACGCCAAGUUCAUCACGGCCAACAUCGGAGACCUGCCGCUCGCACUGAAGGGACGACUUGGCGAUUCCAACAAGAUUCUGGUGCAGCAGACCCUGACCAUCCUGCAGCAGCUGGCCACAGCCAUGGGACCUGGACUGAAGCAGCAUGUCAAAGCUCUGGGUAUCCCUGUCAUCACUGUGCUGGGAGACAGCAAGCCUAAUGUGAGGGCGGCGGCCUUGAUGACUCUCCAGUCGUGGGUGGAGCAGACUGGGAUGAAGGAGUGGCUGGAGGGAGAGGAUCUGUCCGAGGAGCUGAAGAGAGAAAAUCCCUUCCUGCGUCAGGAGGUUCUGGGCUGGUUGGCAGAGAAGCUGCCCACGUUGAGGACAGUGUCCGCUGAUCUGAUGCUGUGCGUCCCUCAGCUGUACGCCUGCUUAGAGGACAGAAACGGUGAUGUAAGGAAGAAGGCUCAGGACGCCCUGCCUGCCUUCAUGAUGCACCUGGGCUACACCAAAAUGACAAAGGCCACAGGGAAACUCAAAUCGGCUUCCAAGGAUCAGGUGUUGGCUAUGUUGGAAAAGGCUCGAGCGGCGGUUCCCGAAAAACCUGCUGCUCCCACCAAGACUGGAGUAGAGAGGGAUUCGGCAGAGAUGAGCAGAGCCCCGUCAGCCUCCAGGUCUCAGCCGCUGAAUGACGACAUUGACAGUAAACCUGAAGUGAAGAAGGUCAGAGGAGGAGGAGGAGGAGCUGCCACUGCUAAGAAGCCUCCCUCCCCUCCUGAGGAACCCACCCCUCCCCCUCCCUGCAAGGACAAGGACAGUAGUGCUAGUCAAAAUGCGUCCAGCAGAAAGAAGACUGCAGCUGGCAGUCAAAAGCCUGCAGCUGGGAAGAAGCCUCUGGCCAAAGGUGCGAAAGAUGACGAAGACAAGUCCGGGCCGAUCUUCAUCCACGUCCCCAACGCCAAGGAGCAGCGGGUGAAGGAAGAGAAGCAGCUGAAGAUUUUAAAGUGGAACUUCAUCACUCCGAGAGACGAGUACGUGGAGCAGCUGAAGAGCCGGAUGUCCACCUGCACAGCCAAGUGGCUGCUGGACGAGCUUUUCCACAACGACUUCCAGAGACACGUCAAGGCCAUCGGAGUCAUGAUAGAGAGAUUGGAGAGCGAGCGCGAAGCCACGAUUAGUUGCCUGGACCUGAUCCUGAAGUGGGUCACGCUGCGCUUCUUCGACACAAACACCACCGUGCUGAUGAAGGUGCUGGAAUAUCUGAAGCUGCUGUUUGCCAUGCUGAACCGUGAGAACUACCACCUGACCGAGUUUGAGGCCAACUCUUUCAUCCCCUACCUCAUCCUCAAGGUCGGAGAACCGAAGGAUGUGGUUCGUAAAGAUGUGCGGGCCAUUCUGGGAAUGUUGUGUAAUGUCCACCCAGCGUCUAAGGUCUUCCCUUUACUCAUGGAGGGAACAAAGUCCAAGAACUCCAAACAGAGAGCUGAAUGUCUGGAGGAGCUGGGCUGUUUGAUCGAAGGCUACGGCAUGAACGUGUGUCAGCCGACUCCAGCCAAGUCCCUGAAGGAAAUCGCCGUUCACAUCGGCGACAGAGACACAUCUGUCCGCAACGCCGCCCUCAACACCGUGGUGGCAGUCUAUAACGCCUGUGGGGAACAAGUUUACAAACUCAUUGGAAACUUGUCUGAGAAAGACAUGAGCAUGCUGGAGGAGAGGAUCAAACGUUCAGCUAAGAAGACCCAAGCAGCGCCCGCCAAGCAGAACACGACGGAACGUUUUCAGAAGGAACAUCCAACUAACCCCAACGCCACCUUCCUCCGCAAGUCUGCCCAGGAAGACCCCAACAAACUCAAAAUAAUGUAUCGCACAUAUAGGAUCCAAACGGGUCAGAACUCACAGCACAGCGACUCCUCCCACCCUUCCAUCCCUAAGAGGUUCCAGCUGGACCUGGACACGAUCGAAAGCGACAUGGGCCCAGAGUGCAAGAUGCCAGAACUCAUCGAAUUCAAUCUGGAUGAGCUGUUGGAGCCCGUCCCCAUCCCAGAACGCCUGAUCAGAAGGAUGCAGUCUGGCCCCGCCCACUUUGAUCAGCUCCACUACAGCACCUCCUCCACCAUCAACCUGGUAAUUUCUCAGGUGGCCAGUGGAGACAUCAACACCAGCAUCCAGGCUCUGGCUCAGAUUGACGAGGUGCUGCGUCAGGAGGACAAAGCGGCCGUCAUGUCGGGACACAUCGAUCAGUUCCUCAUCGCAACACUCAUGCAGCUCAGGCUCAUCUACACCACACACAUGGCCGACGAGCGGCUGGACAAGAAGGAUAUCAUCAAACUGUAUAGCUGCAUCAUCGGGAACAUGCUGUCGCUCUUCUCCAUGGAGUCACUGGCCAAAGAGGCGUCCAUGGGCGUGUUGAAGGACCUGAUGCACGGCGUGAUCACGCUGAUGCUGGACAGCAGAGUGGAGGACAUCGAAGACGGACAGCAGGUCAUCAGGUCUGUCAACCUGCUCAUGAUCAGUGUCCUGGACAAGUCGGACAUGACCAACAUCAUCAGUGCUCUGCUGGUGCUGCUUCAGGACAGUUUGUUCAUGACGGCGUCUUCUCCUAUGUUCACUGAACUUGUCAUGAAGUGUCUGUGGAGGAUGAUCCGCUACCUCCCACAAACCAUCAAAAACAUGAACCUGGACCGGAUCUUACUAGACAUCCACAACUUCAUGAAGGUUUUCCCCAAAGACCAGCUGAAGAAGCUGAAGAGCGACGUCCCGUACCGGACCAUCAAGACUCUGCUGCACAUGAUCUGCAAACUCACUGGCGUCAAGAUCCUGGACCACCUGACCCUGAUCGAGAAUCGCAGCGAGUCGCAGCUGGAGACGUACAUGAGGCGCAUGGUCAAACUCUACGCCGUCGACGGCGAGCGAGACGAGAAGAGCGUUCUGCGAUCGGAGGACCGCAUGUCCAAGGCCAUGGUCAGCGACGUUCUGACGGAGAUCUUCAAGAAGAUCGGCUCCAAGGAGAAUACCAAAGAGGGUCUGACGGAGUUGUACGAGUUUAAGCAGAAGUAUCCGGACGUGGACCUGGAUCUGUUCCUGCAGCACACCACGCAGUUCUUCCAGAGCUACGUGGAGCGCGGCCUGCGUGUGAUUGAGUCCGAGAAAGAGAGCAAAGCUCCGGUCCAGAUCUCAGCAGUGAACCAACAACACAGUAUGGACUCAAAUAUGAGCAACGAAGAUGUCCAGAGAAGACUGAAGAUCCUCAGACAGAGAUGUGGUAUGGAGAACAUGUCCACUGGCGUGGGAGGGGGCGGAGACAGCGAGCCCCAGCCGCGCCCCCUCUUGUCCUCGGUGCCGCCAUCGAAGCCGUCGGUGCCGUCGUCGACAGACAUGCUUCACAGCAAACUGUCUCAGCUCAAAGAGUCCAGAGAGAUGUACCAGCAGGACCACACCCACUCUCCUGCACACACCCACACGCGUGGCUCCGCCCAGAGCAUGCAGCUCGACGACCUCAUGAAGCGUGUGGAGAAGAUGAAGGGCAGCUGGCAGUGAGGGCGGGGCCAUGCUGACCACACACACGUGUUUUAGCUUCUAUUCAAAUAUAUUAAAGUGUAGUCUGUUUUUUUACGUGUUUAAACAUCUGGACAGAGGGGGCGCUCACACACCCAGCACCAUUUCUCACAUCCCGCACUGCCCUGGAGCUAAUGCUAAGCUAACUACGGUCUCUGUAAAGUGUGUUAUUGACACACACACACACAAUUCCCUCACUCACUUCCUGCUCCGCCCAUUCCUCCAGGGUGUCUGAACAGAUUUUAUCGCUGAAUUAUUUCACGUUUCAACUUUACGCGGGAUUAGCGUCGCCGCUUCGACUUUGUACCGAUUCUUUGUCUGGUAAACGUGAACACAAACGCGACGCUACACAAAGGAAGUCCAUGUUAAUCCCACGUCAGUCGGUGACACAAACCCCGAUGUCAACAGUUAGCUUAGCUUAGCGUGACGGAGUGAAAAUGGCGCUGGUUGUGACGUGAACGUGUUGGUCUCGUGUCUGUAAAUACUUCAGUGUCGUCCACCGUCGCAGUGUAAAUGUGCGACCGCUGCCCCCUUGUGGCUGAGCACUUAACAUAGUCACAGUCACAGGGUCUAAGCGUCACGGAAAAUGGAAGCUUAUUUUGUCCGAUUUCAGUCCGUUUCUGCUCCGACCAGCGACUCUAAAAUCCACUGUUGUGCGUCGACGUUUAAGGAACUUAAAAACGGCGGCGCGUCGGUGCUCUCGGGCGUACGGUGGAUGUACAGAUGUGUUUGUGUGUAAAUACUGUAUGUAACACCCUCCACUAACCCCGCCCCCUCCCCUCCUGUUAUUUAAUGGCGGAGCAGGACACGAGAGCCGACAUGCUGGUGUGUUUUCAGGAGCAUAAAGAUGGUUAAAUUUCCUCCUGUAAAUAAAUCAGGUUUGCGUUUGACAACGAUGAUGGUGACGAUGAUGAAGAGUCGUCUGAAGAGUGAAAUCUUUGUUUUUGUAUUUAAUUUUGUCUCUGACUUAGUUUUUCUGUAUAAUUCACAGUGGAAAAUGGAAAUAAAGUCUUUCUGUUUUUUUUUUAAAAAAAAAACAA